AUGAAUAGUCUUACAACAUCCUUCUCCUUUGACAACUGCAUGUCUGAUAUUUACCUGCCAGCCAUAGAUCCCAAAUGUAACUUUGAGAAUGGUGGCUCUUGCACCUGUUCAGGCUCCUGCAAAUGCAGAUCGUGCCAGUGCACCUCCUCCAAGAAAAGCUGCUGCUCCUGCUGCCCAGCAGUAUGUGCCAAGUAUGCCCAGAGCUGUGUCUGCAAAGCCCCCCAGACUAAGAGUUGCAGCUGCUACCAUUGA